GUGCGUAAAGGAAGCUAGGCGAUCGGCGCGAAUUCAAGAAAAGUUAAUGGUGUUCAUACUUUGUCCGUGCAGAUAAAUAUAGAAACAAAGCCGAUCUUUCCCCCCAUUACAAUGGCAACCACUGACAGUACUAGCAAUGAAACGUCAGCGGAUAGGGCCAAGGAUACCGGAACAGCGGUCAACUUGAUGGCUCAAGGAAAAAGGAACAUGAUUUGUGGUGAAAUACCGGUCGCUGUCAAUCAGUUCCAAGAUGCAUGUCAGCUCUUGUCAAAACAUUAUGGAGAGAUGGCUAAAGAAUGUGCUGAAGCUUAUUAUUGUUAUGGUCAGUCUUUACUAGAUCUCGCCAGAAUGGAAACAGGAGUGUUAGGAAAUGCUUUGCAAGGAGUUGAUGUUGAUGAUGAAGAUACUGCUGAUGAGAAGGAAGAGAAAGGAAAUGAACAGUUUGAAAAUGCAAACAAACUACCAGGUGAAGAAAGAGAUAAACUAAGAGAUGAAGUAUAUGAUGCCAUGGCUGGAGAUGAAAAAAAUACUGCAAAAGAAAGAGGGGAAAAGGAUGCAAAAGUGGAAAAAACAGCAGAAUCAAAAGAUUUAAAUAAAGAUGAAACAGAUUCUAAAGAAAGUAGAGAAAAGGAUGUGAUGAAUGAAACAGCAGAUGAAAAAAAAAAUGGAGAAAAUGCAGAUACGAAAGAUAAUGUUGAAAUGAUGGAUGUAAAAGAAAGCAACUGUGGGGAGGAUAAGACCAAAGAAAUGGAUGUCGAAGAAAUUGGUGAUUUAGAUAAAAAGAAUGAUGGCAAAUCUACAAAACAGGGAGAAGGUGAUAAUUCAAGAAAGACUGUUGCAGAUAAAGAUUCCAUUAAAACUGAAGAAAAGGAGCAAAAAAAAAUUAUUAGUGAAGAGGGAGACAAAAUAAAAGAUGUAAAACUAUGUGAUAAAACAAAGACUGAAGCCAGCUGUAAAGAAAACAUUGAAGAUAAAGAAACACUAAAUGAUAAAAAGCCUGAAGAUGAUAAGAAAGAUGAUGUUGAUGAAGAAGAGAUUAUGGAAGAUGAAGAAGAUAAAGAGGAUGAAGGAGACGCAGCUGAAAAUGAAGGAGAGGAUGGAGAGGGUAAAACCGAUGAGGAAGAUCCUGAAGAUGUUUCAAAUUUACAGCUAGCAUGGGAAAUGUUGGAGUUGGCUAAAAUGAUUUAUUUAAAAGAUAGUGCUAAAGAAGCUCAGCUUCGAGCGGCCCAGUCAUAUCUAAAACUAGGUGAAGUGAGUUUAGAAACAGAACGAUAUGAACAAGCGAUAUCAGACUUUAAAGACUGUUUACAAAUACAAGAAAAACAUCUUUCACCAGAAGACAGAUUAAUAGCAGAAAGUCAUUAUCAGUUGGGCCUGGCAUAUGGUUUUAACCAACAGUAUGAUGAAUCUAUAGACCAUUACAGAGCAGCUAUUAAAGUUAUAGAAAAUAAGAUAGGUAAACUGGAACAGUCUGUAGAAGAUGAAUCAAUAGUGCAAGAAAAGGAAACUGGUGGUUUUGAGGAUCCAGUUCAACAAAUCAAAAAAGAGAUUGAAGAUCUGAAAGAAAUACUUCCAGACAUACGAUCCAAAAUUGAAGACAUGGUGGAAGAUAAAAAAAGUUUAGAACAGUUAAAAGAUAUUACAAAGGAAGCUUUAGGAGAUCAUAUACUUGGUGGUGAACCUGCAGGAAUUACGACUACAAGUUCUUCUAUUGAUACUGCCAAAAAAGCCUCAGAUAUCAGUCAUCUAAUUCGUAAAAAGCGUAAACCAGACGAAGAUCCAGAACCAGAUGCGGAAAGUAAAAAAUCUCGUCAGGAAAUAGGUGGGAGUGGAGAUGCCAAAGCUGUUGAAAAUGUUGUUACAGAAAAGGAAGCGAAAGAUAAAACGCCAACAGCUAUGGAGGAAGCAACUACCACUUCUUGAGAUUACUUAAUUGUGAUCGUAUAAAACUAUAAUAUCAUCAAAUGUUGUGUGUAUUUUUAAAAAAAACGUAAUCAAGGGUUUUUUGCACGGUUACCUGAUGUGGAAAAUAUCAUGUAAAAGCUAUUUUUGUUUAUAAAUAAAAUAUCGGCUUAAA